AUGGGGAAGGCAGAAAAACCCUGCCGUAUUCAAGAUGUCCCUAAGAACAAGGGAGGCCUGGGAUGUGAAAUAAUGGUCGGGAAUCCAGAAGUCUUUGCUUCCAUCACUAGGUACGUGAUCAUAUCCCGGGAGGAGAGGGAGCAGAAUCUGAUGGCCUUCCAGCACAGUGAGAGGAUUUACUUCCGUGCCUGUCGUGACAUCCGGCCUGGGGAGAAGCUGCGGGUCUGGUACAGUGAGGAUUACAUGAAGCGACUGCAUAGUAUGUCCCAGGAGACCAUCAACAGAAAUCUCACAACAGGAGACAAAAAGUUACAGAAGGAAAAGUCAGAAAAGAAUACAGAUAAUCAAGAGGACACAAGGGGUCCACUCCAGUUCACCAUGUUAAAGCAAGGGAAGAGCCCCUACAAGCGCAGCUAUGACGAGGGGGAAUCCCACCCCCAAACAAAGAAAAAAAAAAUUGACCUCAUCUUCAAAGACGUCCUGGAGGCUUCUUUGGAGUCUGCCAAAUUUGAAGAGAAACAGUUAGCAACAAGUACGCCACUUUCCACAAGAGCAACAUCUAAAUACCAGGCUGAAGAGAUCUUUGAGAGGUGCAGUGGUGCCAUGCAGCACCUCAGCAGAAACAGAAGCGAAGAGGAGUGGAAGGCCCCUCAUGGAUCCUCUUUGAGUUCUGCCAAAGAAGUGGGAGUCCUUGAAGACGAGGAAGAAGAACCUCUCUCUCUGAAAGCAGACAGCCCUACCGAGCUGUCAUUGGCUUCUGCAGAAGGCAACUCCCAUGAAAUUCCUACAACCUCUUUCUGCCCCAACUGCAUCCGGUUGAAGAAGAAAAUCCGAGAGCUACAGGCUGAGUUAGACAUGCUGAGAUCUGGGAAGUUACCUGAGCCAUCUGUGCUACCACCCCAGGUACCUGAGCUCCAAGAGUUCUCAGACCCCACAGCUUCAGAAAGUAUCAUCUCUGUUCCCACCAUCAUGGAGGAUGAUGACCAAGAGGUGGAUUCUGCUGAUGAAUCUGUUUCCAAUGAAAUGAUUGCUGCUACAGAUGAGCCUUCCAAGAUGUCUUCUGCGACAGGACGGAGGAUACGGCGGUUUAAGCAAGAGUGGCUUAAGAAGUUUUGGUUUCUGCGGUACUCCCCGACACUGAAUGAAAUGUGGUGCCAUGUCUGUAGGCAAUACACAGUACAAUCCUCUCGGACUUCAGCUUUCAUCAUUGGCUCAAAGCAGUUCAAGAUACACACAAUAAAACUUCAUAGCCAGAGCAACCUCCACAAGAAGUGCCUGCAGCUUUACAAGCUCAGAAUGCACCCAGAGAAGACAGAAGAGAUGUGCCGAAAUAUGACUUUGCUCUUCAAUACAGCCUACCACUUGGCACUGGAAGGCAGGCCCUACUAUGACUUUCGGCCUCUGGCAGAAUUAUUGAGAAAGUGUGAACUCAAGGUGGUGGAUCAAUACAUGAAUGAAGGAGAUUGCCAAAUCUUAAUCCACCAUAUUGCCCGGGCUCUUCGGGAGGACCUUGUUGAACGCAUUCGACAGUCUCCCUUCCUCAGCAUCAUUCUGGAUGGGCAGAGUGAUGAUGUGCUUGCUGACACAGUUGCAGUGUAUGUACAGUACACAAGCAGUGAUGGGCCUCCAGCAACUGAAUUCCUGUCUCUUCAGGAACUGGGCUUUUCUACAACAGACAGUUACCUCCAAGCAUUAGACAGGGCCUUUUCCAGCCUGGGAAUUCGAUUGCAGGAUGAGAAGCCAACUAUUGGCUUGGGAGUUGAUGGUGCUAACAUUACCGCCAGCCUGAGAGCAAACUUGUUCAUGACAAUCAGAAAGACUUUGCCAUGGCUUCUCUGCUUGCCCUUUAUGGUACACAGACCCCAUUUGGAGAUUUUGGAUGCAAUCAGUGGGAAAGAACUGCCGUGCCUGGAGGAGCUGGAAAACAAUCUGAAGCAGCUGCUCAGUUUCUAUCGUUACUCUCCCCGACUCAUGUGCGAAUUGAGGGUCACUGCUUCCACUCUGUGUGAGGAGACUGAGUUCUUGGGUGACAUUCGAGCAGUGAAGUGGAUCAUUGGGGAGCAGAAUGUGCUCAAUGCUCUCAUCAAGGAUUAUCUUGAGGUUGUGGCCCAUCUCAAGGAUGUCAGUGGCCAGACCCAAAGGGCAGAUGCUUCUGCGAUUGCCUUGGCCCUCCUGCAGUUCCUGAUGGACUACCAGUCAAUUAAACUUAUCUACUUCCUGCUGGAUGUGAUUGCUGUACUUUCACGCCUUGCCUACGUCUUCCAAGGGGAGUACCUUCUUGUGUCACAAGUGGAUGAUAAAAUAGAGGAAGCUAUUCAGGAGAUAAGUCGGCUAGCAGACUCACCAGGAGAGUACCUGCAGGAAUUUGAGGAAAACUUCCGUGAAAGCUUUAAUGGCAUUGCUGUGAAAAACCUACGGGUGGCUGAAGCCAAAUUCCAGUCAAUCAGAGAAAAGAUCUGCCAGAAGACCCAGGUGAUCCUAGCCCAAAGGUUCGAUUCCCGUAGCCGGACUUUUGUGAAAGCCUGUCAGGUAUUUGACCUUGCAGCUUGGCCCAGAAGCACUGAUGAGCUCAUGAGCUAUGGGAAGGAGGAUAUGGUACAAAUAUUUGAACACCUGGAGACAGUCCCAUCAUUUUCCAGAGAGGUUUGCAGAGAGGGAAUGGACACCCAAGGGAGUUUGCUGAUGGAGUGGCGAGAACUCAAGGUGGAUUAUUAUACCAAAAAUGGUUUUAAAGACUUACUCAGUCACAUUUGUAAAUACAAACAGAGAUUCCCUCUCUUAAAUAAAAUAGUUCAGAUUCUCAAAGUCCUUCCCACCUCAUCGGCCUGCUGUGAGAAGGGGCGCAAUGCCCUGCAGAGAGUGCGCAAAAAUAACCGCUCUCGGCUCACACUGGAGCAACUCAGUGACCUGCUGACAAUUGCUGUCAACGGGCCGCCCAUUGCCAACUUUGAUUGCAAGCGGGCACUAGAUAGCUGGUUCGAGGAAAAGUCGGGCAAUAGUUACGCACUGUCAGCUGAAAUGCUGAGCAGGAUGUCAUCUCUUGAUCAGAAGCCGAUGUUGCAGAGUGUGGACCAUGGCUCUGAGUUUUACCCCGAUAUUUAGGAAGGAAUGCCUCAGAUCAGAAAGC